AAUAAUUAAAUAAGAUUAUUUUACAAAAGCCACGUCAGUGUUAAAAGAGCUCGUUAAUGACCUGCAUCAACAAUUCCACUCACUAAUCACAACAACAAAAACAUAAAUAACUAAAGAAGUUCAAUGGACGAAUCCAUCAGGACGAAUCUCAUUGGUCCAACCUCGGAUUUCGAUCACGAUGUCAUCCUAAGCGAUAAUUUAGAAUUCUGGAUGACGCGACUCCCGCCAUCACUCAAAAAAAUACCGAUCAUUCACCUAGCGAUCCCAGGUUCUCACAACACAAUGACGUACACAAUAGACCGGUUCAACAAUGUUGGCCCUGAUGAACCAGCAUCUCUUCAAUUUUUCGGGAAGUAUUUUUCACUUAUAUCAAAACCGCUGAUAUUUAAUUGGUCUGUCACGCAGUAUGACGAUAUAGUUCAGCAAUUGAAUGGCGGAAUUCGUUAUCUAGACUUAAGAUUAGCAACCAAGACUAAUAAUAAUAACAACAACAUCGAAGCUAAUGACAUUGACAAUGACAACGUUUACUUUCUUCACGGCCUGUACGGUGAUGAAGUGACACAACACUUGAUAAACAUAAAAAACUGGCUGCUCCUGCACCCAGAGGAGAUAAUAAUAAUCGACUGCCAGCAUUUCUACCUGUUCAACGAGCGAAUCCACAAAAGAUUCGUUAACAAGCUGAAGAAUAUAUUCAAAGAGUUGAUAUGUCCUUCAACAAUAAAUCUGCAGAAGAUAACCCUGGACUGGAUGGCGAGCAACCGGUACCAGCUGAUACUCGUCUACAGGAACGAGAUCGUCAGGACCGAAGUCAACUUCUGGCCUAGCGGACUGUGGCCAUCGCCCUGGCCAGAUACUACUCGGCCUAGAGCUCUGGUGGACUUCUUAGAUAUGAGACUGAAAACACGGCUCGCUGACACCGGGUUCGUGUCCCAGUGCUUGCUUACUCCGGAUGCUAAGUAUAUUCUGAGGCACUUGUGCGGAAGCUUGCAUCGUGAUCUAGCGGGGGCUUGUAGGAAAACUUCGCUGGAAUGGAUCAAAAGGAAUGCGCCUGGUGAAGGAGGGCUUAAUAUUGUGAUCACGGAUUAUGUAUCCUUUGAUAAUUUUCUUUUUUGUAAGCUUGUCAUCCAGAGGAAUGCUUUAUUGCUCAAUUAUUAUGAAAGACACUCCAAUGCUUUUAAUCCAUGCCCAUGAGAGGAAGUUUGGAUUUUGUUUGAGGUUGUAAUUGUAAAUGGGGUUAGUUUUUCAAAAUGAUACUAAAGGUAGUACUACCGGUUUUAGAAUUGACGUUCAGAAUUUGAUGAAACUUGUAAUAUAGGUACAUAAUAAUAUCUUAAUUAACCACUUGAAUUUUUGGAGGCCUACCGAAAACUGAAAAAAACAUAUUAAUAUUUACAUAUUUUUGCCUUUACCAUUGAUCCUUAUGGAAAAUCACAGCCUUUAUUUUAUUUCACAAAAUUGGACGUUCAGAUUCUUACAAAGAUUAAGACAACGAGAGAAAAUAACAUCUAGAACAUAUUUAAUGACAAUGAUAAUGAUCCAUGCUAAAAGGGCGCAUUAAAAAAAUAGGAAAACGGUUGACCCUGUAGGCCAUCCCUGCAACUUCCCGUUAAUUCCAUA